AUGGCAGAUCUGACCCCAACACACAUCAGCUGGCAACCAUCAGUGAACGCAAGCAACCACCACACUGACAGAUAUGCCAACACUGAGCUGACUGUGAGGCGAGGACAAGCCUUCACCAUCACCCUGUACUUCAACAGGCCUAAGCAGAAUGGGGAGAGCCUAGCAUUUGUCACUGAAAUAGGACCAUCGCCCUCGGAAUCUCAUCGCACAAGGGCUGUGUUUAACCUCUCUGAGGCAGGGCCAAGUGGCUGGAGUGCUGCCCAAGGACCCAGUGAUUCUGGCUCUAUGAACUUUGUAAUAUCCAGCCCACCCAAUGCUGUCAUUGGACGAUACAGCCUCACCCUCCGGGUGACCUCAGGGAACAAGAUCACCUCCAGAUUCCUGGGGCAGUUUGUGCUACUCUUCAACCCUUGGUGCACAGGUGAUGAUGUUUUCAUGUCCAAUGAAAAUGAGAGACAAGAGUAUGUUCUAAAUGAAAAUGGAAUAAUCUUUGUGGGCAAUGCAAGGUACAUUGAAGCAAGAGGAUGGUACUAUGGGCAGUUUCAAGACCUUCUAAACAUCUGUCUCACCAUGCUGGAUCUGAGCCUGUACUACCGUCAGGACCCAGCCAUGGACGUCUCCCGAAGAGGAGAUCCCAAAUACGUGGGCAGAGUAAUCAGUUCUAUGAUCAAUGGAAAUGAUAAUGACAAUGGAGUUCUCCUGGGAAAGUGGCAAGGAAGUUUCCAUUCACAUGAGAACCCAUCCAGAUGGGAUGGCAGUGUGGUGAUCCUCCAGAAAUGGCGCCAGGACAACUACAGGCCCGUUCAGUACGGCCAGUGCUGGGUUUUUGCAGGUGUGAUGUGCACAGUUCUGAGGUGCUUGGGGAUUCCAACUCGUUUGAUUUCAAAUUUCAACUCUGCCCAUGACGUGGAUAGAAACCUGAGUAUCGACAAGUACUAUGACAGCUCUGGGAGGAGCCUUAAUAUUGGCAAGGAUUCCACAUGGGAUUAUCACGUCUGGAACGAAAGUUGGUUCAUUCGCCCAGACCUGGGAAGAUCAUACAGUGGUUGGCAGGUUUUAGAUGCAACCCCACAAGAACAAAGCAAAGGAAUAUUUCAGUGUGGCCCUGCCUCUGUCCUAGCCAUCAAAGAAGGCGAAGUCGACUUGGAUUACGACACCUUAUUUGUGUAUACAGAGGUGAAUGCUGAUUGCAACAGGUGGAUUGUGUACAAUGAUGGAACUAAGAAAAGAGUUUAUUGCGAUACAGAAAUAAUUGGCAGAUCCAUCAGCACCAAAGCCGUGGGCAGCAAUUCCCGGGUGGAUGUCACCGCUAACUACAAAUAUCCAGAAGGUUCUUCUGAAGAAAGACGAGUCUAUAAAAAGGCCUUGGCUAAGAUAUUUGGAACGAGCAUCACCGAAGGACGCACAGAAUCCCCCAGUGGAAGAUCUUCAGAGACAGUUAGAAACCCUGGGAUUGCUGGGAAAUUCAAGCUGGCUGAACCUCCAGUUUUUGGCAAAGACAUUAACCUCAUCUUGGUUCUCAGUAACCUCUCUUCUGACCGCAAGUCCGUGAAGGUGGACAUGAGUGCCUCAACCGUCCUGUACACGAGGAGAACAGUGGCAGAGAUCCUGAAGGCAACCACUUCUGUGGACCUUGGGUCUAAACAAGGGAAGCACAUCCGGGUGAAGAUUCCUUAUACUCAUUAUGGAAAAUAUCUGACUACUGACAAAAGGAUCCAAGUUACUGCUUUGUGUGAAGUCAUGCACAUGCGUGGGCUGAAGUUGCUGGUGGAAAAGACAAUCAUUUUAGAGGAUACAAACAUUAUCAUUAAGCUUCCUCGGCGAAUUGUAGUGAACAGAGCUGUGACUCUUGAGAUCUCAUAUGCCAACCCCCUCCCUGAGCCCGUGAGCCGCUGUGUGCUCCUGGUCACUCUGAUGAAUCAACAGGUCAAGAUAAAUCUGGCACGACUUGCACCGAGGGAGAGAUCAAAGAUUUUCUUUGAAUUCACACCUCGGAGGACUGGGCCCUUACAGCUGCAAGUAGACUUCUCUUGUGACAAAUUUUCACAUGUUAAGGGAUUUGUAACAAUCUCAGUAGCACCUGCAUAA